AUGAGUUGCCUCCGAGCUUGCUUCAGCCACAGAGGUCCUCGCGCAGAGGCAGGAGCUAUGAAAAGGCAGAGCUCUGGUCCGGAGCACGAGAUCAUUGAAUUACAAGAAGAUAAAGCGGACGAAAGUGAGGCUGAUCAUGGCAAGCCUCUAAAUGCUCAAACAAGAAAGGAGACAGACCACUGGAAAUCAUGUGGGAAUGUAGUUUUCUGGAAAUGUAAACUAUGGAUGGUUGUAACUGCAAUUUUUCUAGUACUCUUCCUCGUCAUUCUCAUCAGCCUAAUUCUUUAUUCUAAUGUUUACACAGAUGAGGAUGACUAUUGGGAUGCUGAUGCACUACUAAAUAGUGGAAAUAGUCACAAUUUUACGGGAACAUUGGAAUUAAUGUGUGGUCUCCCACAUCUUUUCUCUGAAGACAUUGCUAAGAGGUUAACAGAUGUCUACAGCUCAUCUCCAGCUCUAGGACGCUACUUUAGGUCAGCUCAGGUGGUUUAUUUCAGCAACGAAAGCUCCACCGUAUUUUAUCAGCUAGAGUUUUCUGUACCACCAUCAACAGAGGGGUUUAUGGAAAACACAAUGAACCCAGAUUUUAUAAAAAAUGUUUUACGUCAAAAUAUUUAUGAUGAAGAUGAUACUUUUAAUUCUGGGAUAUAUGAAUGUAACAAGUUGAAGCUAGACCCGACUUCUCUCACAUUGACAUGUAAGUGCUGUGCAUUAGAGGGACUUUUUACAAAGAGCAGAAGUAUUAAUCUGAAAGGAGGAAAGUCUUUCUGGAAAGAGGUUGAGAUCUGUUAG